CUGCACCCCUCGGUACCUCAAUUAUGAAGACCUGGAGAGAAAGUACUGGAAAAACCUGACCUUCGUGUCCCCUAUCUACGGAGCAGAUGUGAAUGGCAGCUUGUACGAUGAGGGGAUAGAGGAGUGGAACAUCGGCCACCUGAACUCCAUCCUGGACGUCAUCGAGGAAGACUGCGGCGUGUCCAUCCAGGGGGUCAACACCCCGUACCUGUACUUCGGGAUGUGGAAGACCAGCUUCUCCUGGCACACCGAGGACAUGGACCUCUACAGCAUCAACUACCUCCACUUCGGAGAGCCCAAGUCCUGGUACGCCAUUCCUCCGGAACACGGGAAGAGGCUGGAGCGCUUGGCCACAGGCUUCUUCCCAAACAGCUCCAAGAGCUGCGAAGCCUUCCUCCGCCACAAGAUGACGCUGAUCUCGCCCUCCAUCCUGAAGAAGUACAGCAUCCCCUUCGACAAGAUCACCCAGGAGGCCGGUGAGUUCAUGAUCACCUUUCCCUACGGCUACCAUGCCGGAUUCAACCACGGCUUCAACUGCGCCGAGUCCACAAACUUCGCCAGCAUCCGGUGGAUCGAUUACGGGAAAGUCGCCAAGCAGUGUAACUGCAGCAAGGACAUGGUGAAGAUCUCCAUGGACCCCUUCGUCAAGAAGUUCCAGCCGGACCGCUACCAGGUGUGGAAGCAGGGCAAGGACGCCUGCGUCCUGGACCACUCCCGGCCCACCCCCGGCUCCACCCCCGAGCUGCAGAGCUGGCUGCACCGCCGAAAACGGGCCCGCCCCUCCGCCCCCAGCAGCCUCCAUCACCCGCGAUCCCGAUCUAAGAAGCUAAGAGCCGCCGCGCCGGAGGAUGAGGAGGAGGGGGAGGAGGAGGAAGAGGACAGAGAGCAGAGGGCCCAGGCCACCCUCCCGCAGGGCCCCAGGGUGAAGAAGGAGGCGGGGGGAGCGAGCAGGAGGGCGGAGGGGGGAGGGCCGGGACUGACCUGCCAGGCCGGUAGGCCGUCAGACGCGCCGGGAACCUCAGGGAACGAUCAGACAGAGGUGAACAGGAAGAUGUGCACCAGGAACAGGAUGGAGAGCGACAGCGCUCCGGGGUCCACCGACCCCGCCCGAAGGCUCCGCCCGCCCAGCCGCGACCUCUCCCCUUCGGAAGCGUCGGAGCAGGAGCCCGAUCCGUCCGGUCCUGCGGGAGAGGGGGAGGACGAGGAGGGGGAGGUGGUGGAGGAGAUGCUGGCUCCUCCCGUGGGUACGGAGGCCCAGCCCGGCUCCCCGGUUGCUGGAAGCUCGGGGCUUCGCGGGAGACUGGAGCCCCUGUCCGGCGAGGAAUCCACUCAGGGUCAGGAGAUGGCCGUCGGCGGCCUAUCCCGAGUCGCGGUGUCGGAGAGUCGAAGCGGGGGGUCACGGAGCGGUACGCCUCCUGCAGAGCUCCUGAACGCCGCGUCUCCCCUGCCUUCCGCUGCGCCCAGAGCCCCGGCGUCUGGACCGGGCGCUAGCAGCAGGGCGCACGUGGGUCACGGGAGUAACGCUGGCGCAGACUCGCUGGACACUGCGAGAGGAGCCUCUGAAUCUCUCUGUAGCGACUCUUCAGCAGCUGGUCACCCUUGUGACUCUUCAACCGCAGGUCACUCUAAUGGCUCAUCGGCAAGAGGUCACCCUGGUGACUCUUCAGCAGCAGGUCACCCUAGUGACUCUUCAGCAGCAGGUCACACUAAUGACUCUUCAAAAGCAGGUCACUCGAAUGACUCUUCGAGAGCAGGUCACUCGAGUGGCUGUUCAGCAGCAGGUCACUCUAAUGACUCGUCUGCACCAGAUGUGGAAGCCAGUUCUUUGCCAGUGGCCCUUGCCGGCGCGGAGUGUUCCACUGGAGGAAGUGACACGGUCCCCUGCGAAUCUGGGGAGCAGUCCCGCCCUCCCUUACUGGACCCGUGCGGAGCAGGCGUCCCCCCUCUGGCCUCAGGCUCGGAGCAGCUGGUGGGGAACCGCGGAGGAAGGCGCGAGAUGCCCUCCCUCACCCCCGUGCUCACGGAGGAGGACGCCUCUCUCCCGCCCCAGCUGGACCAGGAGAUGCCCUCUCUCACGCUGGCGGUCGGCACGGAGGCCCUGUCCCGCUUUCCUGGAACCGGCCACCAGGGGGACCCCUCACUGCCCGUCCUCCACCGGGAGGAGUCCCUCUUCGGCUUGAUGUCAGAAACGAUGGUCCCUCGCGUCCGUCCUGUGGAAGAACCGUCAUUACCCGUCGUGCUACAAACGUCUCAUCCUCAGUCCCAUCUCCAUCGAGUACUUCCUGUUUGUCACACUCCACCCGAGACCCUACAGCCUCAGAGUCCAGCGCCUGAUCCUUCAGGGCCACACGAUCUGACCAGUGGAUUGAAGCUGCAGGGCCUGCUUGCUCCUCCUGAUGGUGAAUCCAGCCAUGUCUCAUUGCACACGGGCACAGAUGCCCUGAGGGAGAGCGAGCCGUUCCUCACUAGUCCCUUAGGUCGCUCGUCCCACACUCCAGACCGCAGCCAUUCGGAUAAGCACAAGCCUUCAGAAGAGGAGGUUAAUGAUGUAAGUGGCGCUCCAGCUCUGACCUCAUGGUGUUCCCAUUCCUGGCCGGUCCUGGUGGGAGUGGAAGCAGAGGGCUCUGUGGCUAACGAGGACGGCCAAGCCGGCGGUUCCGACAGCCCGAGCGCGGAGAUCGGACCUUUGAGCUCGGGUAUCUGGGACCACCUCAACUGCCAAGGCCCCGCGGUUCUGAUCGAGAGCGUCCAUCCCGAAAUCCCUGUGGUCCUGCCGGAAGACAGGACGGCGACUUACUACACUCUCAACUCCCCGGCCAACACUGCGUGGGAGGAGGACGAGACCCCCGAGGAGGCGGAGCCUGACAGGGUGGGGGCGGGGCCAGAGGAGGAGUCUCACGUGCUGGGGGCGGGGUCAGGGGCGGAGCCCAGCGACGCGGACCGCCGCAGGAUGGAGAUGGAGGCCGCAGAGGCCCUCACCCUCUGCAGGGAGCUGACGGCUGGCAGGAACCCGUCACCCCCCAGGGAGGAGCCGUGGGACAGCAGGAACCAGUCCCCCCCCAGGACCUCCUCCGCUCGGAACUGCGACUCGGACGCCGCCCCCAGUGUGUCCACGGAGGGGAGCGACCUGGAGUCCGAGGAGGCGGAGCUUGAGCCCGGGGAGAUCUGCACUUACCCCAGUCAGAUGGUGGUCCAGGUGGGCCGGAUGAAGACCACCAAGAGCUGGCGGCACCCGCUGAGGAAGCCCACGGCCCGGGCGGUGCCCAGCGCGGUCAAGCAGCAGGCCGUCAGCGACGAGGAGCUUCCGGAGGCUUCUCUGACGGAGGAGGAGGUCCAGGAGGCGGAGCCCUGGGCCAAGCCGCUGCUGCACCUCUGGCACGGCCGCAAGCCCAGCCUCCCGGCGGAGCGGGAGUACAACGCCGCCGCGGCCAGGAGCCCGCCGCACUGCGCCAUCUGCACCCUGGUCAUGCCCUAUUACCUGCCUGAGGACAGACCCGAGGACAGCCGGCCCGUGGAUCUGGACGCCCUCAGCAGGCACAGGUCCAAACCCCUCAUCCCGGAGAUCUGCUUCUCCUACAGGGAGGGCAACAGCGACACCUGCCCCCCCACCGCGGUGCUGGAGGAGGACGGGUCCAGCCCCCUGGUGUCCUGCAGGACCUGCUCCGUACAGGUGCACGCCAGUUGCUAUGGUGUCUCUGCACAGGAUAUCCAUGACGACUGGUCAUGUGAUCGCUGCCUGAGUGGAGAGCUCACUGCUGAGUGCUGUCUGUGCAACCUGAGGGGCGGGGCUCUGAAGCGGACCACUGACGACAGAUGGGCCCACGUCAUGUGCGCCCUGGCCCUCCCCGAGGUGAGGUUCGCCAGCCAAUCGGAGCGGAGCCCUAUCGACAUCAGCAGAAUCCCGCUGCAGAGGUACAAACUGAAAUGUGUCUACUGUCGUAAGAGAAUCAAGAAAGUUUCUGGGGCGUGCAUCCAGUGCUCCUGUGGGCGGUGCCCAACGUCCUUCCACGUGACGUGCGCGCACGCCGCGGGGGUCACCAUGGAGCCGGACGAUUGGCCGUACGUGGUGUUCGUCACUUGUCACAGGCACCAGUUGCGGAGCUCAGCUGCCAAGAGCACAGCUUGCAAGAAGGACAUCGAGGUGGGGCAGACCGUCAUCGCCAAGCACAAAAACCUGCGCUACUACAGCUCGCGGGUCGCACAGGUCCUGUCCCAGACCUUCUACGAGGUCAUGUUCGACGACGGCUCCUUCAGCAACGACACUUUCCCAGAGGACAUCGUGAGCAGGGACUGCGUCCGCCUGGGCCCGCCCGAGGUCGGGGAGGUCGUGCAGGUCAAGUGGCCCGACGGCCUCUUCUACGAGGCCAAGUACCUGGGGUCCAACACCUCUUACAUGUACCAGGUGGAAUUUGAAGAUGGUUCCCAACUCUUGGCAAAGAGGGAGGAUGUGUACACUCUGGAGGAAGAGCUGCCCAAGAAAGUGAAAGGACGUCUUUCCACGGCCUCCAGCAUGAGGUUCCAGGACGCCUUCCACGCCCCCAUGAUUGAGGGCGAGAAGAAGCGGCAGAGGACCCCAAACUCCCGCUUCCAGAAGGACUAUGUGGCCGAGCCUACCAGCCGGGCGUCCGCCAAGAACGCCUGCGAGCCCAGGAGCGCCAGAGGGAAAUAAGAGACACUCCAAAAAAAGAAUAAAUAAAAUGAAAUAAACAUAAACACAAACAUUAAGACGGUGAAUGCACUACAUGUCAGAAGAUUGAAGGGGGUACGGGGUGGGGGGUGGGGGAGGGGGAGGGGGCUGUUCAGGCAAAAUGUUUAUACUGUGAUUUCCUGAGGUUUGGUGGCAUACUGCAUAUCCUGUUAAGAUGGAUCACCCCACUGCUUUCACGUUAGUCAGGGAAAAAAUAUAUAUACAUCUAUAUUUGUUUCAUUAUCUUUUUUAAAAUGUUUGAUUGGCACAAAAAUAUGUUUUGUAUUACUAAAAUAUUCCAGGAUUUCUUUCUUUUUUGUCUAAGAUGCCUAGAUUUUCACCCACCCCUGCUUCGUUUUGAAUGUCCGGUUGCUACUUGUAAGGUUAGAGGUCAAAGGUUCCCUUUCAUAAUAUUAUGAGAUGUUUUCUUUCAAACUUGCACGGUUCAGCAUUAUACGUGGGUGUUCCCUUCCUCUAAAUGAAUUCAUUAAUAUGUGAAUUGUAAGCAGUUACUACGGUUACUGUAUUGAAUGGAUUGGAUCAGAUUUAUAUUAUUGAAUUGAAAUCUCUUUUCUAAUAAUUUAUUUGGGCUUCCUUUUUAAACAUAAUGUCGACUAACCCUGCAAAUGUAAAAUUAAAAUUCUCUUGGUUGGCUUUUA